GCUUGGUGCAAGAAGGGCCAAUGUCACAUUUUGAUGAAAUUGAGGUUCUUUGACCAAUGUAAUUUUUUUUCGAUUAUUUUCCUGUUGAUAAAAGGGCCAAUGUAUUUGAACAAGUGUGACCAACUUAGCGUAAAGAUUGGCCAUUUGAUUUGAACGAAGAGUUAAGUGUUGUUAUUUUGAAGAUAAGGCUUAUCAAUACAUUGGCCAUAUCAGUGAAAAAAUCAUAUUUAAAACAAUUGGCCAAAGUGUAGUUAGGACUAAAUGAUUUUUGUACAUGUGUAGAUUGGCCUAUUUUAUUUUUCAAACUGAUAAUGGUUUAUUUAGCUUAACUGAUAAUAAUUUGUUAAUAACGGACGUUAAAAUGUAAUAAAACUCAAUUAAAUUGUUUAUUGUUAAUUGUUAGUUGUUAGGUAACUUAGGUAUUAGUAAUGUUAUUUAUUUUUUAAUAGUGUAAAAUUAAUUUGAGUACAAUGAGUUCUAGAUCAAGACACUUGGUGCGCAUGUGUCAGAUGGAUCCAUCAACAUCAUCUUCCACUCAAUCUUCAUUAAAUAGUAUUGUUAAAAGAAAAUUAUCCUGCAUAUCAUCUAGUUCAGAAAGUAGUAUUGAUUAUAACGAUUAUUCAUCUGAUGAGUAUGUACCACCCUUUAAUGACAAAAAUGUAUCUAGUUCUGAGUCUAAUGAUUCAAUCAUGAUUGAUAAUAUUGAAGCAAAUAAUAACACUUUAAAUGAACAAAGUAUACCAAAUGCAGAAAAAAAUGAUUUUGUGUCAGAAACUGAUCAACUGCAACACAAUGAACAAUGUUUACCAAAUGCAGAAGAAAAUGAAUUUGUGCAACAAAUUGAUCCUGUACAACAAAAUAAAAGAGGACGUAAGAAAAAUGAGGGUCUAAAAACUAGAAAACGAUUAUCAAAUUCUAAAGCUUGGGUAAGAAAUGUUGAAAAAGAAAAAAAAACAAAAGGCCUUGAAUAUGUUAAUACAAAAAGUAAAAUAAUAAAAAAAAAGUCUUUAUUACCGCCAUGUUCUUGUAGAAUGAAAUGUUUUGAAAAAUUUUCCAGUGAAAACAGAGAAAUCAUUUUCAUUAACUAUUACAAUUUACCAAGGGAAAGUCAACAACAGUUUAUUGCAUCGUCUGUCAUUGAAACUGAUAAAAAAGUGCCAAGGGUCAGAAAAAACAAAGAAGUGGAGAGUAGAAGAAAAUAUAGUAGAUUAUAUUUUCUUUCAAAAGGAAGUGAAAAUAUUCAAGUUUGUCAACUCAUGUUCUUAAAUACCUUAUCAGUCACAUUAAAACAAGUAAGGAAUACGGUUGAAAAAAAAAAGAUCAACUAAUUCUGGUAUGUGCAAAGUUGACAAUAGAGGUAAACAUGGAAAUCAUAAAAAAAUCAAUGAAAAUGACAAAGAAAUGAUUCGUAACCACAUCAAAAUGUUCCCUGCUGUGGAAAGUCACUACUCAAGAGCUCACUCAGAAAAAACUUAUUUAAACCCUGAUUUAUCUAUAUCUCAAAUGUAUAGAUUAUAUGUCAGUUACUGUAAAGAUUUAGAAAUAGUUGUA